AUGCCAUCGAACGAAUUCAUCGACGAAGAAGCAAUCCGCACAGACCCUAGUCGAUGGGCCUUCCAGCCUCGAAAGCUACGAAUUGUAUGCAUCGGCGCAGGCUUUUCAGGCCUAAUCUUGGCCCACAAACUCAAGCAUGAACAACCCCUCGAUUUUGUCGACUUUACGAUCUACGAAAAGAACAAGGAUGUAGGCGGCACUUGGCUCGAGAACGUCUAUCCUGGAGUCGGCUGCGACAUUCCAUCGCAUAGCUACAUUUUCCCCUUUGAGCCGAAUCCUUCGUGGUCUAAAUGCUAUGUCGGGGGCCCAGAAAUACAAGAAUACAUACAGAAUACCGUGGAAAAGUAUGGGCUAAAAGAUCCGAUCCAAUUCGAUACUAGAUUGAUAAAGUCAAUUUGGAAUGAGGAUACCGGAAAAUGGAGUCUUCACCUAAGACAAGGUGGUGGCAAAAUUAUUAGCGACGAAGCCGACGUCCUUAUCAACGCGUCCGGAAUUCUAAAUCGACACAAAACUCCAAACAUCGAGGGAUUGGAUAACUUCACCGGCAAAAUCCUCCAUACUGCUGCUUGGGACACCUCUUACGAAUGGGAGGGGAAGAAAAUUGCCGUCAUUGGAAAUGGCUCUUCAGGGAUUCAGGUUGUGCCGGCGCUGCAACCGAAAGCUGCAAAGCUCGUAAAUUAUAUUCGCAAUCCCACCUGGGUUUCGGUCAACUUGUGCCCGGAUAUAACGAAGGAUGGAAUGGGUACAAACUUUGAGUACACCAACGAAGAAAAGGACUUAUACCGGAAUGAUCCGCAAAAAUACCUCGAGUACCGGAAGCGCAUUGAGUGCUCAAGUGUUAAUUCAGUGUACCGCCUAAUGCUGACUGGUUCGGAGCUUAAUAGCUUUAUAGCCAACGCUACUGAAGGUCUUAUGCGACAGCGUCUCAGCGAGAACCCACACUUAAUCGAAAAGCUUAUUCCAAAGUACGAUGUUGGCUGCCGCAGACUGAGCCCGGGCGAUGGAUACCUGGAGUCCAUGCAGCAGCCCAAUGCAAAGUGGUGCUUUGAGGGCAUAGAGGAAAUUACCUCGGCUGGUAUCCGCACGGCAGCUGGAGUGGAAGAGUUCGACUUGAUUGUCUGUGCAACUGGAUUCGAUACGUCGUUUGUUCCAGGGUGGGAACUCAUUGGUCGAGACGGUCGCCGGUUAGAUAAAGAGUGGGCAGCCACACCCGAGGCAUACUUCGCACUCUGCACCGCUGCCACACCAAACUAUUUUAUGUUUGCAGGGCCAAAUUGUCCCAUCGGCCACGGAAGUGUGCCCCAAAUGCUAGCGUGGAGUGCCGACUACAUGCUCAAAUGGGCACAGAAAAUUGCUCGCGAGGAUAUCAAAUCUGCUGCAGUCUAUGACUCUGUUGUUCAUAGCUACAACCGCCGCGCGCAGGGUACUCUGAAGAAUACAGUCUGGAGCGGAGGCUGUAGUGCCUGGUAUAACAAUGGAGAUACCGUCACAGCGAUGUACCCUGGCAGUGUCCUUCAUUUCAAAGAGGCGAUUGCAAAUAUUCGUGGAGAGGAUUUCGAAAUCCGUUAUAAUACUGCCGACCCUUUCGCUUUUCUUGGAAACGGAGAGAUGGAAUGGGAGCGAGCCGAGGGGGCUGAUCUCGCGUUCUAUCUGUAA